AAACAAAAUGGCUGCGGCCAUUGCAAGUCAAUAAUUUAUCGAUCAAAGAUUACGUGUCGACAGUUUGUUGCUUGAUAGUGAGCAAGGUAGACAAGUGUGACAGGUACCAUGGCUACACCAGAACUAAAAGCCCUCAGGGAUGUUCCUGGUUUCCAGGCCAUUUUCAAGGCCGUGCUGAGGGCACAGAUGAAACACUUAAUGGAACAAGUAGCAGAACUCACCAAUGAGGAGUCUGUGAUGUUAACUGCAAACGUGAAGGACGGCACCAUCAGCCAUGUGGGUUCUGAGCUCGCGCGGGGAUUCCUGGAGGACCAUGAGGACAUCAAGUCUCAGUUUCUUGGAUUCUGUCUAAAGAGUAACGACUACUCAAGAUUUUCCACAUCGAUGGCUGAUGAAUCCUAUGAGCACACUGAGUCGGAGUUGUCUGCUAUCCCCCUACCCCCUGAGCAACCUGCAAAGCUACCCCAUGAGCGUCAAGCUAGGCGGGCUCCCCCACCUCAAGAGCAGCCAGCUAGGCAACUUCCCCAACUGGAAGAGCAGACUGUUAGACAGCCUCCACCACCUCCCACAUACCAGUCCUCCAGUGUGGAUGCUAGUGAACCUCCAGUCAUGAAACAGUUUCGAGGUUUUAAAAGUUUAAAACGGUACACACAUGGUGCAAACCCAGAGAGUGCGGACUCUUUCCCAGCUCGUAACAGUUCUCUACCUGAGUUAAGUGCUGAGGAUACAAAGUUUGUUGAGAGGGAAGAAACUACGGAGAAGAUUUCAACUGAUGCUGGUAAAACUUAUACGGUGCAAGAUGUUACAAAUAGAGAAAAUGAGAACAUGGAUGAAGUGCAUGAUGCCAGAGAAAGAGAAAAUGAAGUUGCGACUAAAGAGGAGAUGGACUCAAGUGUUGGUCACGAAAUUACUAAACAAGAUGAGCAUCAUGAAAAAGAUGGCACAAACAUUGAGAAAGAUGCUGACACCACAGUUGUUGACAUGCAGAUUGAUGCAGGUGAUGAUGAUGAUGUGAAGGCAGAUGAUCCUGAAAAUCUUGCAAACAUUCAGACACCACCACCGCCUCCUCCUGGGACUUCAGGUCAGCAAGCAAAGCGAAGAUCACGUAGAGGGAUAGUCAGAUAUCAUCCUUACCCAGACUCUACACAAGCCAAGGACAGCAUUUCACCUUCAAUACAACAAGAAAAGGAGGUUAUUUCCACUAAUGUAGCAAGUGGGAAGGACAGUAUUGCCACUGAAAGACAACAAGGAAGUAACCCUGGUCUGCCUCCUGGAAUACCUCCAGACAGCUCCCCAACUUUAACACAAACAAAGGAUGUUUUGCCUGCUCAACCACAGCAACUAGACAGUGCUGCAAUUGUAAGGCCACUCGAAAAGGACAUUAUUACUCCAGCUAAAGCUUCAGACAAUAUUUCCUUUGUAAAACCACUAAAUCAAUAUGAUAUAGUGGAACCUACUCGGCGAGAAACAAAAGUUUCGGAAAAAGAUGAAUUUGAUAUGGACUUCGAAGAAGAUUCAAAGACAUCAUUUGAUGAACUGGACCCAGGCUCUUCACCUUACAUCAGAACAGUAACAGUAGCCAGCAGGAAGACUCUGCCAUCUAAGCCCAAGCGUAGAAGUUGGAGAGGCAUCAUAAGGAAUGAAGAGGCUGUGAAACCUGUAGACAAGGCUAAAGAGCCAAGUGAUUUAGACAAAAAGACAGGAGAAGAUGUUAGUGAGAAAACAGAUUUGCCAAAAACGAGUUCAGCCACUGUUGCAGUUAAUAUAGAUGAGAGUAAGAAGGAAAGCACUGAUAUGGAUACAAGUACAUUCAAAGAAAGUAUUAGAAGGUUUUAUUCUGAAGAUAGAAAUAGGCAUUUGUAUACUGAAAGAACAUCUGUAGGGGCAAAUCAAGGUGACACAAUUGAAUAUAGGAAAGAAAUGUCUGACAAUGAACCAGCUGUAUCAAAUGUAAGUCCUAAGGAAGCCUUAGAAAGGGAAACCUACGUUGAGAAACCAGACCCUGUAGAAGUAAGCCUUCCUGUUAACUCCCGCAGUAACACAGAGUCAGUGAAGAAGAGAGAUCGCUUUGCUUUCAUCAGGAGAGAACCAAUAAGAAACCAACCUGCUGCCAUUCCAAGCACUGAUACUGAUACUGAUACAAGUAAGAGGAGCAGAUUGAAAAGCCCCCAAACCUCUAGCUCAGAGAGAAGCUCAGAUACCAUACCAAGGUACAUCACUACACAAUCACCAGUUACCAGCUCAAACACCAUACCAAGAUAUAGCGCAACACAAUAUCCAGCUACCAGCUCAGACACUGUACCAAGUUACAGCAAUACACAAUCACCAGCUACCAGCUCAAACACUAUACCAAGAUAUAGCGUAACACAAUAUCCAGCUACCAGCUCAGACACUGUACCAAGUUACAGCAAUACACAAUAUCCGGCUACCAGCUCAGACAAGGUAUCAAUGUACAGCACUACAUCCACUCCGGUUACCAGCUCAGACACAAUACCAAGGUUCAGCAAUAUAAAAUAUCCGGUUACCAGCUCAGACACCUUUCCAAGGUACAGCACUACACAAUCUCCGGUUAAUAACUCAAACACCGUACAAAGGUACAGCACAGCACAAACUGCAGUUAUCAGCUCAGACACCAUACACAGAUAUAGCACUACACAAUCUCCAGUAACAAGCUCAUAUACUGAACAAACUGAAAGGGGCAGGUAUGAAAGUUCCCAAAGGCAGACAGACACAGAUUUAAGAUCCAAGCAUGAUCAAUCUGCUAUUCAAAGCUCUUCUAGUGAUAAAAUUAAGCCACCUUAUGUUGAAAGUCCUCAGUUCUCAAACAAAGACAGGCAUUCAGAAAUUGUUCCAAGAUACAAGACUUUACAUGCAGAAGAUACUGAUGAAGUUAAGCCCACUUAUGAGGAAAGUCCUCAGUUGUCAAACAGAGACAGACAUUCUGAUACCAUUACUAGAGACAAGAGCUCACAUGUGGAAGAUUUUGAUAAAGUAAAGCAACCUCAAGUUUCAAACAGAGAUAGACAAUCUGAUAAUAUUCCUAGAUAUAAGACAUCUCAAGGGGAGACACGGAGACACACCUACAUUGAAUCCAACCCUGCUAGUCCCUCAAGUAGCAGCGUUAGCAGUGAGAGCAGUAGCUCUAGCUCUGACUCUGAGUCCAGUGAGGACGAAAAUGAGGAGAAUAAGCCAAGUCCAAAAUUUAAGCCUGUACAAACUGAAGAGAGCAAAGCAACUGAUGAGCCAGAAGUUCCAGCUGAGAGAAGAAAGGAACAAGAGAAAGAAAAGCAUCUAGAUGCCAAUGAUCCUGGUAGAAAGUUAAGUCCUGUGAAGAACGUAGGGGGACAGAGCAUCAUACAGGCUGUGACAGCUGAUCCUAUUGCUGCUACUCAAUCCAAGGUUGCGUUUAAACUGGGAAAAAAGCCCCUGCUACAGAAGCCAUUGUGGGAGAAUUCCUGAGUGGGUGUCAAACUGAAAGAUGAAAAUGUGCCAUUGUCCAUUGAAGAAGCCAGAUUUUAUCAAACAUUAUGUAUUGUUAAGAAUUGUAUUUUAAAUAUUUCUGUAUUUAUUUAUACUAGAGUGUUUUAUAUUAGUUUUUUUUCAGUAGUUACAGACUUACAAACUAUGAAAUUUUAGAGACUGUUUUCUUUGAUUAUAACAGGAUUUAUUUAGUGUUAGAAUCUAUAAAUGUUACUAUAUUCUGAUUUAUAUUAAUAUGACCGAAUGAUGAAUUCUGCUGUGUCGGGUCAUUAUACUUGCCUAAGAAUUUAUUGAAGCCUUGGGUUUGUUUUUUGUUUUAAUAUAAAAGGUUCAUGUUUCUAUUACGUUUUUGAAAACCUAGUUUUGCAAAGCGCUUUUUAUAUAAAUAUGAAAUCUUAUUACUUUUAACAAAUUGUAUAAUAUUUUUUACAUUAAUUCUUUGUUAUGCAUUCUUAUAUACAUGUACAGUUUAAAUCAUUGUUUUGUUUGAUUUUUUGUUAAUUGUCAAAGAUGAAUGAUUAACUGUUUUUGGUGUUAGGUUCAUUAAACAAGAUGAGACCUGUCAACCCCAUAAACACCAGAUCCGUGGCCUAGUGGUUAGGGCGUCAGCGGCAACAAGUGGCAAUUCCUUGUUUCGAGCUUCACAUGGGACUUGUUGUAAUCUGACCGUUGCUGACCAAGCUUCUUAUAAAAGAUGGGUAGCUUUUCCCUUCCUGCCAGGCGCCUGGCAUAAUGGAUAGAAAUAUGUAGUAAAUAUGUUUAUCAAUCAAGGUGUCUGUUAGUUCAGUGGAAUGUCGCUAAACUGGGAGGGGUGGCACUAUAAUAAACAAACAUUUCACUGUGCUAUAAAUGUAACGCAGUUAGUUGUGUACCUAUUAAUAUUUUGUAUAGUCAUAACAUUAAUUUCAAAUCAAAGAAAUGUUAUUAAAUAAUAAUGCUUCAAAUAUUUUAAUUACUUGUACUUGAACUAUAAUAAUUAAUCAGUGAUUAUUAUACUGUUCUCAUAUAUAAUGAACAUUUUAGUGAAGAACAAGAACUAACCAGUCAUUCCUUCUAAAAUGGUCAAACCAUUUCAUGUUCUUCUUAAUUGUGCUUUACAUAAAUUGCUAUUGAUUUGGUGAAACGUUUAUGUAGAUUUAUGUUCUUAUUUAGUUUAUUCUGAUAUGACGUGUGUGCUUUUUCAUUUUUUUUAUUUAUUUGUAAGUCUGUUGGAGUAUGUACGCAUAAUCUGAAAUGAUGAUAUUGCUCUCUAUAAUAUUGACAAUCGUGUGAUGAUUUCUAUAUAUACACCAAAAUAAUAAACGAUAUUUCUACA